AUGCACGUGGACCGUCUCCAAGUUAAACCGUUGACGGGCACGCUGGUUGUACCAAAGUUUGGGGCCGGAAAUAUAUGCGGUGCGUUUGCAAUACCCAGGUCCCACCACACAACGGGUGUGUCCGGUGCGGACAUGCUUUUGUACGCCGCUGCUGCUCCGACUGAAGGUCAUGCAAUUGCGUGGGCACUGGGGUGUGCUGAAUUGCACACUGGGCGUCCAGUUGUCGGGGUGAUAAAUUUUGGCCCGGAGUCAGCCAACGAUUCGGAGAGCAGUGUUCGUGUUGCCGUGCAUGAGAUCGCACACACCCUUGGGUUUCAUAUUAACGUGAUGCAGCGCCACAAGAUGGUGUCGCAUGCAUCUGGGCUACGUGGAAAAAAAACAGCGUGCUCGUUGUGUCCUCACCGAAGGUACUGGAAAAGGCUCGUGCGCACUUCAACUGCAUGA